GUCGCCUUUGUGAAAUUCCGUUUGUUUUCUUUUGUUUGAGCGUGUUCACGCGGAUGAACUCAGGCGUUGUGUAGAUAAUAAUAGUCCAAAAUGUCGAGCGUUAGACUCCAGGGCUUUCGGAGCUUUUUGACUGAACGCUUCACCGCCGUGGCCAUGGAGGUGUUUGGUGAAGUUGAAAGUAUCGUUGUGGAGUGCUGUGAGGAAAACAAGCGCCUGCGGGACAUUCUGCACAUGGUCCUCAACCCCGAGAUAAAGUUACACAGGAUAGAUGUUAAUAACUACGCUGGAGAACAGCCCUCAGAGCCUAACACCAGGGUGGACCUUGAAAUAUCAGAGGGCCUCACUGCGAUAGCUAAAGCAGGGCAAAUAGAAUAUGACUUAAGUUGGGAUCAGCGACAAGUGCUGACUGAAGCUGACAACUUCAUUACACCAGUCUGUGUUAAAGAAGAGCAUAUUGAGUGUGACAUAAGUCAACAAGCCAACAACGAUUUUACAUCAGACUGUUUUGAAAACGGAUCAAAAGAAGAGGAAGAAGAAGACAUCACUGACACAAACCAGAUUCAUGUGGCAGGUACCAGAGUUGAGGCUUCAGCUAAUAGCUCAACUGAUGAAGCAACUGAAGAUGGAGACUGUACCUCAGAUGAGUCAGAAGCAGAUUGCCAGAUUGAAGAAGGGACAAGUGAGAGCCACAUAUUUAAAAAAGGUUUAGAAACUUCAAACACAAAAAAGCUAUCGUGCCCCCUGCAGAAAACCAUGCUAGAAUUUCCAAGGUUGACGCCCAUGAAAUUCACCACUGUUGUCCCAUCUGAAUGCCAGUCGUUUAUUGAAAGGCUCAAAGAAGCGUACAGGGACUUUCCUGAUGACCAGAAGCCUUUGAUAACCAAAAUGGGCCUCACAACAGAUGUGGAAUGGGUGGACUGUGCUUCUGGUAAAGUUCCCAAAGGUUCCCUCCUAUCCUACCAGUGCCCUGUGCCAUCAACUCAGGGUUAUACGAUAAACAGUGAUGCUCCCUCUCGGCUGCCGCUUCCUCUAUCUCACCAUGAACUGGAAUCAGUGUCUGCCAUUCCUACACUUAGCGCCAAGGAGCAGGAACAUGUAAAUGCCAUGCAGGUCACCUGGGAAGAAGCACACACUCUGGAGCAAUCCACUCGUGGCUGUAGGGAGAACAUAAAGAAACUGCAGAAGCUGCGCUUGACCAGCCGUUUCAGAGAGAUCUGCAAACUCAAAUCAGGACAAAGCAAUAUCGAGCAUCUGAUAUUUAAGAUUCAGAAAGGAUUUUCUCUGAGCAAAGCAGCACAGAUAGAGGAGGAAAUAAAAAAUGAAGCUUUCCAGCAAUAUUGUCGGCAAAUGUGCGUCAACUGGUACCCCUGUGGUUUUGUCGUUCAUCCGAAUGCUCCGUGGCUGGGGGCGAACCCUGAUGGGUUGGUAUACGAUUCCAAUGAGACCAACAGUUUUGGACUGGUACAUGCUAAAUGCGUCAAGUUUCGGAGCUUCAUUGAUUGCGCUUUCCUGAUCUGUCGCAAUGGAGUCUUACAGUUGAAUAAGAAUCACCCGUACUAUUGGCACAUCCAGGGAGAGAUGAUGGUUACAGGGACAUCAUGGUGUGAUCUGUUGGUGUUGUCCAGAGAAGACAUGCUGGUUCAGCGUAUAUACCGUGACAACGUCAUUAUCAAGAUCAUGAAGAAGAAAUUGGACGAGUUCUUUUUCUAUUACUUCUUGCCAGCAAAUGUAAAGUUGUCAUCGACAUCAUUAAAUUAGUGCUGUAUGCUGUUUUUCCCCUAUGGGCCAGAUUAACGGCCAACAUAAGAUGGGUUAGUGCAGUUUUUUUCUCCACUGUAUCACUGCAUUACUGAAGCAUGCAACACUUUCUUUAAUUUUUUCACAAUGAAAGCAUCCUGCUGGUUUAACUCUUGAGCCGAAGAGUUCUGAACCUUUCCAGGUUCAGUAUACAUGAUCAAUAGCUUAACUCCACUCAGGUUUUUGUCUAAAAUCAUUAAUACACAGCAACUAAAUAGGAGGCUAUGGCUUCAUGUGGAAAAUGCAUGUUAGCAUGAUGUUCUCUGAACAUUUGUUUUAAAGUCAUCUUUUCUGCUGGCAUUAUUGUAAAUGUAACUUUCUCAUUACUUUUUAUUGGAGGUUUAUGUAUUUGUUGAACUUCUUAAUUUGUGUCAUUUUAGUUUAGUUUCUUUAAAAAAAUUAAAUCUGCCAGACCUUACAUGCAAUUAUUAUUUGUCACUUUUCCCUCCUUAUUACUGCAUGAUUCCACGCUGUAGUCCUACGUACACUGUGAUGAUUAUUUUAUUGAACUAAUCAGUUUACCAAUAAUUUGCACAGUUCUUUGAUUACUUUUUGUACAGCGUUAAACAAAGAGUUGGAUUGUUUUUGAAAUAAAAAGUUUAAAG